UCUUCGUCAGACACGAUCGAGACUUCGAACGAACAAGUCGUUUGUUUAAAAAAGGAAUCAUGCAAAAGCUAACGGUUUUCGUUCUUGCGCUUGCGGCGUUCUGCUUGCAUUGCGAGGCCAAACAGUUUACGAGAUGCGGUUUGGUGCAGGAGCUGAGGAGGCAAGGGUUCCCUGAGGAUAAGAUGAGGGAUUGGGUGUGCCUGGUAGAAAACGAGAGUGGCAGGAAGACUGACAAGACGGGCACAGUGAACAAGAACGGAUCCCGGGACUACGGGCUGUUCCAGAUAAACGACAAGUACUGGUGCAGCAACACCAGCACUCCCGGCAAGGACUGCAACGUCACUUGUGCACAAAUGCUGUUGGACGACAUCACGCUAGCUUCUCAAUGCGCUAAGAAGAUCUACAAACGUCACAAGUUCGAGGCCUGGUACGGAUGGAAGAACCAUUGCAAGGGAAAGUCUCUGCCUGACAUCAGCAACUGCUAAGCUAUUGCAUUUUAAACAUACCAAAGACUAAGUACAUCAAUAUUUCUUUUGAGACGUAAGAAAUAAGGAUGAUGAUUCAGGUUAAAAAAUAUUUAAAAGUCCAUUUGUAUAUCCAUUCAGAGUAUACGUUAUCAUUUGAUAAGUAUACUACUUCUUGAUACAAAUAAUUAAUAUGACAGUAAUCUUUUUACAAAUAUAUAUGGAUUUGGCUAGUUGUCAUCAUCCCAAUCUAGAAUGAAGACUGUAUAAAACUGCGUAUUAUUAAUUAAUAUUCUCU